AUGAGCGAGCAAGACCGUGCCUGGCAUAACAGCUUCAAACCACACUUUACAACUGACGGAAGAAUCGUCUAUCGGACUUCGAAGCUAGCAAAGGAUCAGACGUGGGAGGAGAAGCCUAUUGCUGGCGCAAGAGGUUCUCUUGUCGUUAUGGCGCGGUCUCACAGCAAGAAGGCUUACGACCUUGAUUCAGCUCUACCCUCUAGCAAGAUCACAGUCAAAAACGACAUACCUGCGGUACAACACGAAGCUGCUCCCUUCUCGCAACUAGCAACUCAAGCACAAGAUAAAGAGGUGGCUGAUAUCUACAACCUCGCUCAUGUCCUGUUUGACGACUACGAGGACGAGUUCACUCUCGGUCUAUCUGGUCCAUUGCAGAAGACAUUCGCUCACCGCAUUCGAAAAGAUAGACUCGCAAAAUAUCUUUCUGAGAAAAUCCUUGCAACAGUGGAUGCAGACGAGCAGAACAGUCUGAAGGCUGCCAUUCUGCGACUCACAGGACACGACAUUCGAGGUGCCUGUGAGCUUUUGAAAGAUAGCAAGAACAUAAGACUUCUCCUUCUGGUUGCACAGCUCGAUGGGGCUGAUGCGAUGUUCAUGGACGAUGCAAAGGCGCAGAUCGAUGCCUGGCGGGACCACAAGUCAUUGUCUGAAUUUGACUGUGAUGUUCGCACUUUGUACGAGCUUUGCUCCGGUAAUGUCGCCGUGUCUCGAGGCAAGGAGGGCAAGACCGUGCCUGUAGAGGAUCAAACUGAGACCUUCGAUAUCAGCACGCGGUACGGUCUUUCCUGGUUGCAGUGUUUCGCUCUUGGCCUCUUCUAUGGCAAAGCAGAGAAGAACAACGCAGAGGGUAUCGGCAGAAUUGAGGAUGCUGUGCGAGAGUAUCAAAGCCGCUGCGACAGGGAAGAAGAACCUACCAAGCCGUCCGAGCAUGAUGUUCAUUGGUCGUUGCUCAAGCUCUAUGCUUCUCGACAUGACGAAGCCCUAUCAGCACCAAGAUUUCCUGCAGCGCUUGAGGGUCUUUCCCAGCCAUGGAAUCAUGCCGCCACCUUCAACUUCGCGCAAGCUUGUCAAGCAGCGCUCGAGGUCCUUGUCGACGCUACCAAAGCAGAUGAGCUUGCUGAAACUCUGGCAGCAGAGCUUGGAGCCCAAGGUGACCUUGCUUCGGCAAUCUACGUCCUUUUACAUAUUUCGAAACCUGAAACACGACAGACACUUAUACAAGCUCUUCUGGAUCGUUUCGCUGCUUCGCUACCUGGCUCAGAUACCGCAACUAGUGACAGCGGUAUCGCGCUAUGGCAGCGGCUGACCAUGGAUUUGAAAGUGCCAACCUCCUGGAUUUACAUGUCUAAAGCUCGCUAUGCUGCCUCUGCAACUAACAAAGGUGGCGAUAAUAUAUCCGAACUACGUUACCUCGUUGCGGCUGAAGCUUGGGAGGACGCUCAUCAGUGUCUACUCAGACGAGUUGCGCCGUCUCUCAUCAUCGAUGAAGACUACACUUUCCUCCUGGAAAUGUGCAGACUCUUUGGCGACGACCCUAUCCGCCGAGUCAGCUCCUGGUACAAGGGUGGCGAGGUCUUUGCUACUUUCUCCCAGCUCAUGACUCACAUGAUUGCAAGGACCGAUAUCUCAGCAAUCGCGUCGCUGCGCAAGAAGCUCGUCACUAUGGGUCACAAGCAGGCAAAUGGGCGCAAAGUUAAGCUUGGUCAACUCAGCCAGCACGAACUCGAAGAACAUGCUGCUGUUCGAGAGAUGGCGAAUUCGCUCGCGCGACUGAGUCAACAGGGUGGUUCGGUUGGUGAGACAAAGGAGAUUCUGGAAUUGCCGAUCACCGAAGACGUGAGAUUGGAGAUCAUGAUGGAUGCUGGUAUUGCUCCACAGCAGUCUACGAAUAAGUCACGCAGAAACAAAGGUCUCGGCAUCAACCAGGCGACGCUGGAGGACAACGACGAUGCUAUGGACGAAGACUCUGACCCUAUUCCAAAUGGGACAGGCGCUUAG